AUGUCGGCAGACGGCAUGUCUGGGGGCAGCGAGAGCGAGGACGAGGGCCCCAGCUCCUUCCCCCUCCACGAUGCGGCCCAGGCGGGCGACGCGGAGCUCAUCCACCAGCUGAUGACGCCCCCGCCAGAUGCCAAGCCGGGGCCGCCAUCAGACGACCUGGUCGGCCUGGACGACAUCCUGGCCCGCUACGUGGCCGAGGCCUCUGCCCCCCAGCUGCCCAGCAUCAACCGCCGCGACCACCACGAGUGCACCCCGCUGCAUGUGGCCCUCCUGCACGGCCAGCUGGAGGCCGCGCGCGCCCUGCUGGAGCACGGCGCCUCCUUGGAGCUUGGGUGCGAGGGGUCGCCGCCGCUGCACGUCGCCGUGUGCGUGGCGGCGCACGGCGCCAUGCAGGAGUUUGCUCUGGCCGCCAUGGCCCUGCUGCUCCAGUUUGGGGCCGACCCGUAUGAGAGGAACAACAACGGCCGCACCGCGCUGCACUGGGCCGCACAGAUGGACUUCUCUGCAGCGGCAGAGGCUGUACUGGCGGCCGCGGAGAAGAAGCGGGCGCAGCUGCGUGCGGAGCAGGCGGCGGCGGCGGCUGCGGCCAAGGCUGCCUCCGCCGCUGCUGCCGCCGGUGCGCCCGCGCCCGCGGCGCCUGCUGCCGGCGAGGGCGAGGACGACGAUUCCGUGCCGCCCCCCAUCUUUGUGUUUCAAGACAAGCAGGGCUGCACCGCGCUGCACCUGGCUGCGCGGCAGGGGCACGUGGCCGCGGUGCGCCUGCUGCUGGGCGCCGCGGCGGGCGGCGGCGGGGGCCCCGAGGCCGUCGCAGCGCUGUGCAGAACCAGGUCCAAGGCGGGGCACAACGCGCUGCACCUGGCGGCGCUAGCAGGCAGCAGCCGGUGCGCCGCGCUGCUGGCGGCGGCGGCCCUCGACGCGGCGGCUGGAAAGUCCAAGCUGGGGCUGACCCCCGCUGACCUGGCGGCCAGGCGGCGGCACACGGGCCUGCAGACCGCGCUGCGCGGCCAGCGGCCGGUGCAGGCGCUACAGGCGCUGGCUGCGGUGCAGGAGGCGGAGGCGGGGCAGCGGGAGGCGCAGCAACGCACGCUGCUGAUGGCACCGCCAGAGUGCCUCUUCCACUUCACCUGCCCCGCCCCCAUCACGCGCGAGACCUCGGACAGCGCCCCGCCAGAAAACGUGGAACGCCUGACCGUGCUGACCAAGCCAGGCUGGGGCAUCCUGCGCUGCGACGAGUUUGGCGGCGCGCUGCGGUGGGACGAGCGCAGCCAGCGGGCCGCCAUCGGCGACGUGCUGCGGGUGCACGAUUGGAACUAUGUGCGCAAGAUACAGACUGUGUGCGACUCCCUGCCCGACGACCCAGAGGCCAUUGGGCACCUAGAUGGCGACACGGCGGUGUCCCGCGGCACCUUUGCAGCCGCCCUGGCGGCCGCCGGCUCGGUCUGCACGGCGGUGGACGAGGUGGUGGCGGGCAAGGCCGCCAACGCCUUCUGCGCGGUGCGGCCGCCGGGGCACCACGCGGGGCCGCUGGGCGUGGUGUCAAACAGCAACGACCCCAACGGCAGCCACGGCUUCUGCCUAUUCAACAAUGCCGCCAUCGGCGCGGCGUACGCUAUGACGGUGCACCGCCACGCGGGCAUACGGCGCGUGGCCAUAGUCGACUUUGACGUGCACCACGGCAACGGCACGGAGGCGUGCGUGACCAACACCAUUCCCUCCUCCUCAACCUACAAGUUCUCCACUCCCUACAGCGAGGGCGUGCAGAGCUUUGCGGUGUGGAAGCCCUGGCUCGACUCCUCAGACACACAGUGCAUCUUCUUCGCAAGCGUGCAAGGGUAUGGCCCAAAGGCUCCUGGAUACCCCGCCUUUGUCUACCCUGGCAGCGGGGCCACCUGCGACACCAAGGUUCUGGCGGCGGCCAAGGUGGCUGCCGACGAGAAGGCCGCGGCCGCGGCCGCCGAGGCGGCAGCCGCAGCCGGGGCCAAGCAGGUUGAGGCCGGGGCCGGCGCGCUCGGCGGGGAGCAGCAGCAGCAGCAGCAGCAGCAGCAAGAUGGAGCGGCAGCGGCCGCGGCGGCGGCGGCGGGCCCAGCGCCGAAGGAGGAGCCAGCGGGCGGCGAGGCGAUGCAGGUGGACAGCCAGCAGGGGCAGGACCGGGGCCAGAUGGCACCGCCGCCGCCGCCGCCGGUGCUUCGCCCGUUCCGGGAGCCGGCCAACGGCGCGGUGGCAGGGGUGGCGGAGGUCGGCAGGGAUGAGGAGAUUGAGGAGGAUCCUGACCGCGAGUUUGAGUACAAAGGCGGGCAGGUGCCUCCCCUGGAGGGGCCGCGCGUGAUCGACGUCGGCAUCCCCGGCUUUGGCUCCAAGCCCGCGCUGUGGCGCCGCUCCUGGCGAGACAAGAUCCUGCCCUCUCUGUCCAACUUCAAGCCAGACCUCAUCUUCGUCUGCGCGGGCUUUGAUGCCCACAAGAAGGACGAGAUAAACUUCCGGUACAUCGGCGUCACGGAGCGGGACUACGAGUGGCUCACUGAGCAGCUGGUGGCGGUGGCCAACAGGUGCUGCCAGGGGCGCAUCGUGUCUGGCGGCAUCAUGUCUGCGUUUGCUCGCAGCGUGGCGGCGCACGUCAAGGCACUGGCGGAGCCCAACGCAACGGUGUGGGACCCGCGGGAGGCUAAGGCGGAGCGGGAGCACGAGAAGAAGGUGCGUGCGGAGCUGGAGGCCAAGAAGGCCGAGGCGGCGCACCAGAAGGCGGCGGCGCGGGAGGCGUACGUCAAAGCGCGCCUGGCGGCAGUCGCGGCGGCGGCCGCAGCCCCCGCAGCCCCUGCUGGCACCGCGCCGGCAGCUGCCGGCACCUCGGCGCCGGCCGCCAGCCCGCCAACGGCGCCGGCGCCGGCGCCGGCGCCGGCGCCGGCCGCGGGCGCCGAGGAGGCGGAGGAUGGCGGCACCCGGCGGAAGCGGCGGCGCGGCGCCGGCAGCGGCGUGGAUUAUGUGGAGCUGAACAGGCAGCUGGAGGAGGAGGCGGCGGCGCGGCGAGCAGCAGGAGGCAGCGGCGGCGGGUAG